AUGUCAGAAGAACCACGCCGCUCGGGUCGAGCCACCAAGGGGCAGCAUAAGAACGCCUCGUCGUCGCCCGCGCCCAACCCGAAGCCCGCCAGAGCAGCCCCGAAGAGCAAGCCCCCCAAGAAGUCGACAGAGCCGGAGCCUCAAGAUGACGAGGAGGAGGAGGUCAUUCGCUGCAUAUGUGGUAAUUCGAAUCCCAAGGACAAGCGCGCGUUCAUCGGAUGUGACGCGUGCACGGUCUGGCAACAUAACGUGUGCAUGGGAAUUCCGGAUGAAGAGGAGGACGUGCCGGAUCAUUAUUUCUGCGAAGAAUGUCGCCCAGAGGAGCAUGAGGAGACCAUCCAGGCCUUGCAGCGUGGGGAGAAGAUUUGGGAGACGCGCAACAAGCUGUACCAGAAUGAGAAGAAGAUGAGCAAGAGCCGAAAGAGCAAGGGCAAGCAAGGGGAAGAAUACCGACCAGCGUGGUUGAAGAAGGACAUCGCGCCACAGCCACCGGCCGACCCUGAACCAACACCAGCGCCAGCGACAAACGGCAAGCAAGAGGCGAACAACAAACGAAAGAGAGAAGAGGAGCCAGCACCCGAGCCCGCGCCCGCGCCGAAGCCCGUGCCUGAAGAGAAGCCUGCACGAGCUGGACGACAAGACAAGCGUCGCAAGUCAUCACCUGCCGAGAGCAAAGUCGUCAUGGAUACGGAGACUGCGUUGGUGCCGAUCGCUCAACUGCCAAAAGAGCGCCAAAGUGUUGCUCAGGCCUUGAGCAAGAUCGUGACAGGCGACCUUCAGCAGCGCGUCAAGUCUGGGUUUAAGCUGCCUGCAAAUCAGACUCCAGCUUCACUCGGAGAGCAUUACGGCGCGAGGAUCGAGUAUGCGCUUCACAUGAAUCACGGAUCCAAGGAGCCCAGCUACAAGCAGCAGUUCAUGGCGCUCAACGCCAAUCUGAAGAAGAACUCUAUUCUUGUCGAGCGCCUGCUCAACGGCUCGGUCACGGCGGACGAGCUGUCGACAAUGAGCAGCAGUGACAUGGCAAGUGAGGAGCUCCAGAAAGAGCGUGCAGCUAUGAAGGAGGCAUUGGACAGGCAGGCGAUUGCUGUCGAGGAGGAGGGCCCACGCUACAAGCAAGAUCACAAAGGCUUUCACGAGAUCGAGAUGGAGGGACAACAGAGCAACGAAGCGCCAGCAGAUCCCGAGCCAGUGCCUGAGCCCAGCGUGGCACGCAAAGAAUCGACCCAAGGCGGCUCACCGGUUGCCAACCACCAACCACCACUUGCCAUUGACACCAGUCAACAGGCGGAUCCAGGGGUUGAGCGACGGCAUUCAAGCCAGCAGCAAUUCGACAUGAACAACAUCUGGGCCAAGACUGCCAACUCGCCGACAGGAACAGCACCACGACCGGCGGCGACACACGUACGGCGGCCCAGUGCACCUGUUCCAGUCCAGCCGAACGGCGCUCGAGACGACCCUGAUAUCGAUAGGAUGCUUGAUGACAACGACGAGUCGUACUCACCGGCCGAUGCGACCGGCACUGACGCUAUCGUCUGGCGUGGCAAGCUAGUUCAAGCCAGUGAAGAUGAAAUGACCGUCAAUGCGCGCUAUGUCGCAGGGCGCAAUCUUUCAUCGACGUCGCAUACUCUGUUGCCCGAGACGCUUUCAAUCGAUGGUCGCCUGGCGGUUAACAAAGCCGAGGACUACUUGUGCGGCUUGCGCUGGAGCAACAGCAGUGAUGUGUCGGUCUUGGCGUUGACACCAUACGACAACCUCGAGCCUUUCAACAACAUCUUCCAGUACUUUCACAGCCGUGAGAGAUACGCCGUGGUGGAGAAAUCGAAGCCGCGAUUCGUCAAAGACUUCUACAUCAUCCCAGUCGAGGCCGGUCGAGAGCUGCCCGCCCAUAUCAAGAUGCUGGAAGACUGCAAUAUCAAGACACCGAUCGAAGAGCGGAUGCUUCUGGCCACGAUUGUCGUUGCUCGUGCACCUGAUGAUCCACCAGUCGCCGCAGAUGCCACGCCAAGUCAACAGCCAGCAAACGGCCACCUGCCUCCUCACGUGCGCCAGAGUAUUGGUGGACCUGCAGGGUCGCCCAUUACUGCGCAGACUCCAUCAUUCUCGCCAUCGAACAAUGGCCCGCCGCAAACUGGCUACGGUGCGCCCAACCCUGGCGGCCUGCCACCGAAUCCGUACACAGCGCAAGCACCACCACCGCCCCAGCAAUCGCCAUACCCUGCUCAACCAGGGCAAGGACUGCCGCCGAAUCCGCUCGUUAACGAGAUCUUAGGUCCUCUGCACAACUGCCCGACGGCACAAGUGAUAUUGUCACAGGCGCCCAACAUCGACCGGGACAGACUGCAGAAUCUCAAGAAGAUAUUGGAAGAGGAGCCAGUCACAAUGACCGACUUCGAUGCGCUCGUGGCGAAGCUAUACUCGAUACCGAAGUGA